CGCGUGGCAGCCAGUGGGUGGGCUGGGCUCGGCUGGGCUGUGGUCCUGCAUUCUGCCUCUCACAUUGGAAAUAACGCUAAAUACGGUAACUUGAACGUGACACAGGGGUACAGAGACGCGACAGAAAUGAGUUAGAGGCCGUGUUUCGUGUGUGCCAGUGCACUGAAACAUGGAUCGUUGCAGCGUCCACGUCCUUCUGCUGCUCUUGCUGCAGGCCCUGCAGACAUCAGCUGAGGGCUCAGAUGGACAGUUGGCGUGUCUGUGUGAUAGCCCCAAAUGCCUCCAGGCCACACCGUGCCACGGCACGCGGUGCUUCUCCUCUGUCAAAGUCAGCAGCUCUGGGGUGGUGUUUGAGCGCGGCUGCUUGGAGGGGCCGGAGAAAACCCGUCUGCUUUGCUCCACAGCGCCGUCCUUCCACCAGGCCAUUUUCUGCUGCUCCCACGACAUGUGCAACAGCAACACUUCCACCAGUUCGCUGAUGUCACUGCUUCCAACAGCCCCUGAGGGUGAGCCGGUUCGGUAUCGCGUGGAGACCUUGGCUCUCUUUGUGCUCGGCCCCGUGGUGGUUCUGGCUCUGCUGUCUGUAGUAUCUGUGCUGGCCUGCAGGAGGCUACACCACGGCCGUCUGCAGAGGCUGCAGGAGUUCGACACCGAGCAGGGAGCCAUAGAUGGCCUCAUCACCUCCAAUGUGGGAGACAGCACUUUAGCGGACCUGUUGGACCACUCGUGUACAUCAGGCAGCGGUUCAGGUCUUCCCUUCCUCGUGCAGAGAACUGUGGCCAGGCAGAUCAGUCUGAUGGAGUGUGUAGGCAAGGGAAGGUACGGGGAGGUGUGGCGAGGCCAGUGGCAGGGCGAGAACGUGGCUGUAAAAAUCUUCUCGUCAAGAGACGAGAAGUCCUGGUUCAGAGAGACGGAGAUCUACAACACAGUGCUGCUAAGACAUGAAAACAUACUGGGCUUCAUGGCGUCUGAUAUGACUUCUCGCAACUCCAGCACCCAGCUGUGGCUCAUCACCCAUUACCAUGAGAACGGUUCUCUGUACGAUUACUUGCAGCGAGUUGCCGUGGAGACGCAAGAGGGCCUGGCGAUGGCGGCGUCGAUAGCGUGCGGCCUGGUGCACCUGCACACAGAGAUCUUUGGCACAGAGGGGAAGCCGGCCAUUGCACACCGGGACCUGAAGAGCAAAAACAUCCUGGUGACGAAGGAGCUGCGCUGCUGCAUCGCAGACCUCGGGCUGGCUGUGACCCACUCGCAGGCAGACAACCUGCUGGAUGUGGGCAACAACCCGAAGGUUGGCACCAAGCGUUACAUGGCACCUGAAGUGCUGGACGAGACCAUUCAGACGGAUUGCUUUGAUGCCUAUAAGAGAGUGGACAUCUGGGCCUUUGGGCUGGUGCUGUGGGAGAUAGCAAGACGCACCUACAGCAACGGUAUCGUUGAGGAGUACAAGCCUCCGUUCUACGAUCAGGUGCCAAAUGACCCGAGCUUCGAGGACAUGAGGAAGGUGGUGUGUGUGGAGCAGCAGAGGCCUUUCAUUCCUAAUCGCUGGUUCUCUGAUCCUACUCUCUCUGCUUUGGUGAAACUGAUGAAGGAGUGUUGGUACCAGAACCCCUCUGCCAGGCUGACUGCCCUGCGCAUCAAGAAGACCCUGGACAAGAUCCACAGCUCUCUGGAGAAGGGCAAGGAGUCCUGAGAGGGAGAGGAGCCUCAGCGGCAGCUGCCUGAUGUCAGGGAUCGGCUUAGAGAAGUGCCCAGUGUUUCAUUUAAGGAGAACGGGAGAUAAAGCGGACAGACAGAGGAAAGAGUUGUUCAUCCAGCCUCAUCCUUCUCUUGCUCUCUCACUUUCACUGUGGUUGCCUUCCACCGACAUCCCUCUCUCUGACUUGAAGCCCACGCAGACAUUUGGAACUGUCCUGUCUGAUAAAGCCAGCCUUCGCUACAGGACACAAGCCUGUCGCCAGUGUGUUCGCACUGACCUGAACUGCAGACUGUUACCGAGUGUGAAGGACAAUGGAUGGCAUAUUGUACUACUCCCAUCCCAACGCUUUAGUGCUCAUUUAAGACUGCGCACACACAUACACACCAAACGCUACAUAUGGAGUGUCUCUUACAAAUCUGUUUCUGAUCCAUGGCCAGUGUUUGUGGCAUUCUGCUCAGAGACAAUCACAAAGGUUUCACUCAUUUAGCUUCAUCAACAGGCCAACUAUCGCUACAAACACUGUCACACUACGGAACAGACAAUUAUGUUAACGUACAAAAGGAAAAGAGCCAAUAGAAUCAAAUUGUUUUUAAACUUUUUAAAAAAACAUGGUAUUUAUGUAUGAGGUCUCCACUGCUAGAACACUACUGAAGAUAAUGUAAGAUGGUGCGUGAAGCUGACUGUAUACAUAUAUAGGCAUUUACUCUACUGGACCUUCUGUACCGCUACUGUCAUUACUGAAGCUAGUGAGCUGAGAAAUAGAGGGAAAAAGUUAGGAAAGUGUUCCCACUGAGUUUUAUUGUUGUAUGGUCAAAAACCAGGAUAAAUUACUACACAUACAUGUUUAUCCUGGAGUAGACAAACAGGAAGUACCUGCCAAUAGGCAUCAGUCUGUAUCUUACAAUAAGAAUAUGAAAUUAGCUGCCUCCGCUAAUGAACUCACUGUGGCUGAUGUAAAAAUAAUGUCUUCUGUGUAGUCGGAGGGAUCAAUAAGGAGCUGACUUUUUUUUUUUUUUUUAAAGAUGUUGGAGCUGUUGUGGUUUUCCUUUUGCGAGGUGGGCCGCCAGUCUCCCAUCACGCCAUUCUGUACAAGUUAAUGUGAACAACAAGAAAAACACUCCAUCUUCAUUUGGAAAUUGUUUUAUUCAGGAUUCAUUUCAAACCAGAUAAAAGUUGCCUAUUGUAGGUGUGAGGUAACAAAUGAAUUUAUCCACAAAUGCUGGGUUUGUUUUGGAAACAAAUGUUGCUUUGUCUUUUUUAUAUGUAAUAAAACAUUUACUGCA